AUGAGUCCUGCCACUACCCACGCUAUCGACUCUACGGUAGAUGCCAACAUUUUGACCUCGCGUUCUGAAGAGGUCGGGAAGUUGUUGGACCAAGUCCAAGAUCUGAUCAUCCCUUUCAUUCGCUCAGCAGACAAUCACAAGUCUCACAAUGACCUUCCGAAUGGUCACUCCAACGGAGUGAACAAGAAGGGGUUGCGCAAAGCAUUAGUCGAGCAGCAUAGCCCGGAGGAACUGCAGAGGCUUAUGGCAUUGAGCUUUCCCACUGCUGGACUUCUUGAGGAGGGCUUCUUGGAGGAAGUCGACAAAGUCCUUCGCUACUCUGUGAAUACCUGGGAUGCUGGUUUCAUGAGCAAGCUCUACGGCUCCACCGACGCACCCGGUCUAGCAGCUGAAGUAGUGUUGGCCUCUCUCAAUACCCAAGUCCACACCUUCCAGGUAUCGCCUGCACUGGCCGUCAUCGAGAAGUUCACCGCACGCGCUCUCGCGAACCUUUUCGGACUCAAUGGGGCUUUCGCAGGCGGCGUGACCACCUCGGGAGGAUCAGGCUCUAAUGCGACUGCUAUGCUAGUAGCCCGUCAUACUCUGUUCCCGGAGACAAAGCAGCUGGGCAACAGCGCUGGUGGGCUUCGACUUGCCGCUUUCACUUCGGCCAACGGACAUUACAGCAUCGAAAAGGCUGGGUUGAUGCUUGGCCUCGGCACAUCGUCAGUGUUUGCAGUGCCUGCCGAUCCAACCACGCGUAGUAUGGAUCCAUUAGCGCUUCGGUCUUGUAUUGAGAAAGCUAUCUCCGAAGGAUAUACCCCGUUCUUCCUGAAUGCCACAGCUGGUACAACUGUAUUCGGUGCUUACGACAAUCUCCGCCCACUCCAUGCUAUCUGCAAGGACUUCGGGAUGUGGCUUCAUGUCGAUGCCUCCCUGGGUGGACCCGCUAUCUUCAGCGCGAAGCACAAGUACAAGCUGGACGGGAGUCAUUUGGCCGACUCCAUCACCAUCAAUCCACACAAGAUGAUGGGUGUUCCCGCAACUUGUUCCUUCGUGCUCAGCGCGGACAUACGUCAAUUCCACACCAGCAACACACUACCCGCGAGCUAUCUGUUCCAUAGUGCCGAUAGCUCGGAGGAAGUGUUUGACUUGGCUGAUCUCACCAUGCAAUGUGGGAGGCGUGGCGAUGCGUUGAAGAUGUACCUCAGCUGGAUCUAUCAUGGCUACGAGGGCUAUGCCAAGCAGGUUAACGCAGUCUUCAGUACCGCUGCAUAUCUUGCAAGUAGUAUCCGUGCAAGGCUCGUAGAAGAUCAUCCAAACCUGGUAUUGAUCAGCCCAAACCCACCACCUUGUUGCCAAGUGUGCUUCUACUAUGCGGAAGGGGGACGACUGAGCGAGGAUGCCGGUCGCAAUGAGGAAGUUACGAAGCAAAUAGCGGCGAAGCUCGUGCAUCGGGGGUUCAUGGUUGAUUAUGCUGGCGGAGAUACCCGUGGCGCGUUCCUGCGACCAGUCGUGAGCAGAGGAACUGGCAUUCAGAGAGUGGAAGAGCUGAUCGAGAUCGUGGAUCAGAUUGGGUCCAUGAUCUGGGAUAGCAACGUAGAGCCCAUCAUGGAGUACUCGACGGGUUCAGAGGCUUCACUCUAG